CAAAACGUCAACAGUCCCCUUCGUGUGUACGUUUCCAAAGUGGAUGAGGAUGUUAAUUGUCGGAGUUCAGGUGUAAUCACUCUUAUUAUGAAAUAGGUAUAGUUCUUACUGGUCAAUUGUCUUUAACUUUAAACAGUUUGCUAUAGUUUCUUCAUGUCAUCAUUUGGAUUCAGUUCCCCAGAAUGACCCAACCUCGACCCAGCGAAUUUAUUCCACCACCGGAGUGCCCUGUCUUUGAGCCCAGUUGGGAAGAAUUCGCCGACCCGUUUGGGUUUAUCAACAAAAUACGUUCCAUCGCAGAGAAUACUGGCAUUUGUAAGAUCCGACCGCCACCGGGGUGGCAACCGCCAUUUGCCUGUGAUGUGGACAGACUGCAUUUCACCCCACGCAUACAGAGACUCAAUGAGUUGGAGGCUCAGACCAGGGUGAAGCUCAACUUUCUGGACCAGAUUGCCAAAUUUUGGGAGCUGCAAGGCUGCACACUGAAAAUCCCUCAUGUAGAGCGCAAGUCUCUUGACCUGUACCAGCUCUACAAGUUAGUGACUGAGGAGGGUGGUUUUGACACAGUCUGCAGAGAGCGGAAAUGGACCCAGAUCUCUCUGAAGAUGGGCUUUGCUCCUGGCAAGGCCGUUGGCUCUCACUUGCGUGCCCACUACGAGAGGAUCCUGUACCCUUACUACUUGUUCCAGACAGGAGCCAGCCUUCUGAGCUCGCAGAAGCCCACUCUCACCAAUGACACCAAAGAUAAAGAGUAUAAAUCUCAUGAUUUGCCCCAGCGGCAAUCAAUGCAGCCUUCAGAAAUCUCUACUAUUGCUCGCAGAGCCAAGCGCACAGAGGGCCGCUGUUUCAAAAGUGAGCAGGGUACGCACUGUGAGAACAGACCCAACCUGAGGAGGAGAAUGGGCUCAUACGUGGCAAAACCUGAACCAGUUAAAAACAUUCCAGUCCAGGUUAAACAAGAACCUGUAGAUCCAGCUGAAUCAACACCUGAAGGGCAAAAAUCAAAGGUGGAGCAGUACAUUUGUUUAGUAUGUGGCGGAGGAGGUGAUGAGGACCGGCUGUUGCUAUGUGAUGGGUGUGAUGACAGCUACCACACCUUUUGUCUGAUCCCACCCCUACAUGAUGUUCCCAAAGGAGACUGGAGAUGCCCCAAGUGCCUGGCCCAGGAGUGUGGCAAGCCUCAGGUUGCAUUUGGCUUUGAGCAAGCCCCCAGGGACUACACUCUCCGCUCAUUUGGUGACAUGGCAGACUCCUUCAAGUCAGAUUAUUUCAACAUGCCUGUUCAUAUGGUCCCUACAGAACUGGUUGAAAAGGAGUUCUGGCGUAUGGUCAGUACCAUUGAGGAAGAUGUGACUGUAGAGUAUGGGGCAGACAUUGCCUCCAAGGACUUUGGCAGUGGAUUCCCUGUUAAGAAUGGCACCUUCACAGUUACACCUGAUGAAGAGGUACGUUCUCCCUGUCAUAAUGGGUCUAGCAUGGACCUGUUACUACAUUUGAUUGUAAUUAUACUCCUCUCCUUUCUGUUCUUUAAGCAUUAUCUUACUAGUGGUUGGAACCUCAACAACAUGCCUGUGCUGGACGCAUCCGUGCUGACUCACAUUACAGCUGACAUAUGUGGGAUGAAGCUGCCCUGGCUCUAUGUUGGCAUGUGCUUUUCCUCGUUCUGUUGGCACAUAGAAGAUCACUGGAGCUACUCGAUCAACUAUUUGCACUGGGGAGAGCCAAAGACAUGGUAUGGUGCUCCUGGCUAUGCCGCAGAGCAGUUGGAAAUGGUGAUGAAGAAACUGGCCCCAGAGCUGUUUGAGUCGCAGCCAGAUCUGCUCCACCAGCUGGUCACCAUUAUGAACCCCAAUCUUCUAAUGGAGCACGGAGUCCCUAUUUACCGCACUAAUCAGUGUGCUGGAGAGUUUGUCAUCACCUUCCCCAGAGCCUAUCAUAGUGGGUUCAAUCAAGGCUUUAACUUUGCAGAGGCUGUCAAUUUCUGCACAGUGGACUGGAUACCUCUGGGUCGGCAGUGUGUGGAGCAUUACCGCUCUCUGAACAGAUAUUGUGUCUUCUCGCACGAUGAGAUGGUGUGUAAUAUUGCGGCUAAGGCAGACAGCUUAGAGCUGGAGCUGGCCUGUGCCAUACAGAAGGACAUGAGUGCUAUGAUUCAAGAGGAGAAGGAGCUGCGUGAGAAGGCUUACAAGCUGGGUGUGUGGCACUCCCAACAGGUGGACUAUGAAGAGCAACCAGACGAGGAGAGGCAGUGUGUUAAAUGCAGGACCACCUGUUACCUGUCUGCCAUCACAUGUCCCUGCAGGCCGGACCAGCUGGUCUGUCUACAUCACCUCCAGGGCCUGUGCUCCUGCGACCCCAGCAACUACACAUUGAAUUAUAAAUACACUUUGGGUGCAUUGAACCAAAUGUUUAAGGCUGUUGGGACACGUGCUGAAUCAUAUGAUGAUUGGGCUUCUAAGGUUAACAAGAUUUUGAAGACUGACCAAAACAAAAGUGACUUGGAGGACCUUCGUGCACUGGUUGUGGAGGCAGAGAAAAAGACGUACCCUGAGAUGGACCUGCUGCGGCAUUUGCGCCAGAUCAUCCAGGAUGCAGAGAAGAGUGCAUCAAUGGCUCAGCAGUUACUUAAUGGCAAGAGACAGACCAGGUAUCGCACUGGUGGAGGGAAAUCUCAGAACCAGCUCACUGUUGAAGAGUUGAAGUCAUUUAUCCAGCAGCUGUAUGACCUGCCCUGCACAGUUAGACAGGCCCCUUUUCUCAAGGCUCUGCUGAGCCGCAUUGAGCAAUUCCAGCAGCGGAGUGCAGACCUCCUAGCUGAGGACAUGCCUGGCUCUGUGGCCCUGCAAGGCUUGCUCGAUGAGGGCACCGGUCUGGAUGUGGACCUGCCCGAGUUGGCCGUGCUCAGACAGAGGCUGGAACAGGCGCGGUGGGUGGAGGCUGUGCAGCAGGCCAGCGAGCAGCCUGCUAGCCUCAGCCUGGACUGCAUGAGGAGGCUGAUUGACCAGGGUGUGGGACUGGCACCCCAUGCCUGUGUGGAGAGGACUAUGGCCUGGCUGCAGGAACUGCUUACUGUGUGCGAGCACUGGGAGGAAAAGGCACAUAACAUGCUGACUGCCAGGCCUCGUCAUAAUCUGGAGAUGCUGGAGGCAGCCUUGCUGGAAAUAAACAGUAUUCAUGCUUACCUGCCUAAUUGUCUCCAGCUCAAGGAUGCUGUCAGCAAGGCCAGAGAGUGGAUACGGGAGGCAGAUGCCUUACAGCUUGGAGGGCGUGUCCCUGUUCUUGCCACACUGUCUGAUCUGGUCUCAAAAGCUAAGGGCAUCCCAGUCCUGCUGGAGUCACUAGCACGGCUGGAGAGCCUGGUGUCUGAGGUGCAGGCUUGGAAAGAGAGUGCAGUUAAAACAUUUUUGUUGAAGAACUCCCCUCUGUCGCUCCUGGAGGUUCUGUGUCCCAAGUGUGAGACAGAGUGUCCAAAAUCAAAAUCUAAAAGAGUGAAAGAUGUCUCCCCAUCUGGCAAAAAAACAGGUGUUAAACUGGAUUGUCUCAGUGAUGUGGAGAAAGCUCUCUCUGAAAGCAAAGACACAGCCUCAGCAAUGGCCACUCUUGGUGAGGUUCGUCUGAAGGAGCUGGAGAGCCUGUCUGUUUUGAGGACCUCAAAUGAGGCAAAGUUUCAGCCAACACCCAACAGUUCUGCAUCCACAGUGUGUUUGUGUCAUACGGUGCCAGCAGGCCCCAUGCUCCAGUGUGAACUCUGCCGCGAUGCUUACCACAGUGGCUGCGUACCAGGGUUCCAGAUAACGCAGGUUGGACAACUGUGGUUAUGCCCACGCUGCAGUCGAUCCAAGAAGCCGCCCUUGGACAAAGUGUUGCCCCUGCUAGCCUCCCUUCAGCGUAUCCGAGUUCGUCUACCAGAGGGUGAUGCAUUGCGUUAUCUGAUCGAGAGGACAGUGCGUUGGCAGCACAGAGUGCAACAGGUCUCCCCUUUUACGCAGCAGUUUAGUGGGAAAAUAAAACCUAUUUCUGGAAUGGCUUCCACUCUGACCCUAGAAGGGAGUAAUGGUUCCUUCUACAUGCUUCAUCCGUGCAUUCCUCUCAGUGUUCUUAGCCCUGACCAGGAAGAGCUACUGGCAGAGGGCCUACUGCUGCAGGUGACUUUACCUGAGCUGCAACAGCUCUACCAAGGCCUGCUUAGCUGGUUCUCCCCCUCUCACCACUCCUUCCAGAGUAGUGAGCAUGACCAUCAGUACUACAUUGCUCAGGACAGGAGCCCACCCCACAGGAGCCCACCCCACAAGAGCCCAUUGCACAAAAGUCCACCCCACAGCAAAGGACAGGAUGCCGUCCUGGAGUUGCAGAAGGAAAGAGAGAAGCUAGAGAAGAAUCACAAAAGGCGUUUUGAGAAUGAGAACCCUGAUGUACAGGACAGGGACAAGAUUAAGAAGCCCAAGAAAAAGAAGCCUAAGAUGAACAAGGAGAGGAGACGUGAAGAAAAAAGAAACCUCUCCCCUUCUAAUUCACUCUCAGACCCAUCCUGUUCAGAGGAUUCAGAAGAAGACUGGUCUGUGUGCUCAGCAAAGCAAUGUUUGCAGCCAGAGGGCAACGAGGUUAACUGGGUCCAGUGUGAUGGUAGCUGUAAUCAGUGGUUCCACCAGAUAUGUGUGGGUGUGUCUGCUGAGCAGGCUGAGAAUGAGGACUACAUCUGCGUCAACUGCUCAUUAAAUGAUUUGAUAUAAUGAGAACCAAAACAGAAAUGCAUUGAAAAGUCAAAAGACUAAGUUUUGCACAUGAGUUAUAGCACCAAGUAUGCACCAGACCCAUUUCCUUGUCCUCAAAAGUCCCAAUCAGUCCUCCCUAUUGCUCUGGUGCUACUUUCUUCUUGAUAGGACUGUUAUCCAGAACCAUUUAAGACUCUUGUCACCUUUUUCUGGUAUUUUUACAUUUUCCUCUUAUAAACGUUCUUUCUCUUGUCUAGAAGAUAUGAUACAGAGAUGUACCUCAGGAGUCUCCAUCCCAUGAAUACACAGCAGAGGGAUAUCAGCUUUCCCAAAUGUAAAAUUGGAUUGUUUUUCAGAAGCCACGUUUCCUUCUAACAUGUGAAGUAAUCAGAAGACUUUUUCCUUUGGGGCUUUUUUCCACCAAAUUGUAUUAAUUGGACUUAACAAAUAGGUCUGACUUUAUUUUUGGAACCCUGCUUUGGUACAUAUGUCUAAUAAUGUUAUUUAUUUAUCCCAGCAUUGUCUGUGCUGGUUGCCCUGAUUUUCAGUAGCUUGAGAUUUGCUCUGAUCUGUAGCUUCUUGCAUUAGUGAUGGUUGUACAGAAUCCUGAUGUAGGUCGUCUGAGUGAUGUAGCAGACAGAAGAAGUGUGAACUAUACUUUGUGACUUUAUGCUGUUUCUUAGAAAAAGAAACAUCAUUAAUAAUGUUAAUUCAGCUGUGGAAUAAAAUGAAUUGUUCUCACUGACAGUUCCACAAGGCAA